CGCCGCCGACCCGUAGGGCCGGUCCGCGUCCUUCUCCGUCGCUAGGCAACCGCUGGUCCCAACGCCUGAAGGCCAACGGACGGUGGGCAGCGGGGACCUUGGACGGCGCCAUGGACGUGGUCAUCACGCAGGAGCUGGCCCGCGCCGAGAGCCAGCAGGAUGCCGCCUCCCUGAAGAGGGCUUAUCAGUUGAUUAAGUCCGCCAACCUGGGGAAAUCAGAGUUUGACCCCACAGAAAGCUUCAGCCCCGACCUGUUUGUUUUGUGUGCUGAGCAGGCCCUGAAGAUGGGGCAGCAGGAGGUGAGCGAGGACUGUGUCCAGAUGUACUUCAAGGUGAAGGGGCCGGUCACCCAGUUUCUGGGCCGAGCGCACCUGUGCAGGGCCCAGCUGUGUGCCCCCACGUCCACCGAGAACAUGGAGGAAUUUGAAAAUUGCGUGACUCAGUACAUGAAGGCGAUCAACUUCGCAAAAGGAGAACCGAGGUAUUACUUCCUGGUGUACAACGCAUCGGUCCUCUACUGGCAGAUGGUGAGGCCGUUUCUCAAGCCUGGGUAUCAUCACCAUCUGAUCCCCAGCCUGUCCCAGAUUGUAAAUGUGUUGAAUCAGACUGAGGAGGAAGACAAGGACUGGCGGGCCGAGCUGAUGCUGGAGCUUCUGGAAUGUUAUCUAGAAGCUGGAAAAAAGGAGGAGGCCGCGAAGUUUUGUGCCGCAGCAGCGCCAUUCAUAAAGGUGAACGUGCCGCACAGAUACUGCCAGAUGUUCGCCCUCAUGGUCCGACAUGAAUUAAUGGAUGAACUUUGGUUACAGCAAGAAAAGAGGACGUCCGUCAGCCUGUCCGUCACUUUCCACAUUAAUAUGCUAAAAGCGAAACUGGAGAACAAUGACCUACCUGAAGACAGCGCCACAAUUCUGAGGGAGGCCUGUGCACGUUUACGUUGUUACAACCACCAGUGCUCUCCUUCGGUCAAAGAGGAAAAAAUUCUUUUGCUUUUUGAAUUAGCUCAUCUUUCCCUGAUCUUGAAAUGUGAGGAGGUCGCGUCUCACUGCCUCUCAGACUUGAAGAAAAUGGACAGCAAAGACCCUGGGAAGCUGAUUGAAAUGGAGUGUCUGGAGUAUGAAAUACAAGCCUUAAGACUUGAAAAUAAAAUUAAAGUCUACGCCCGAGAGGCUGUGGAGAGACAGCUGAACAUCAUACAGAGACUAGACGUCGCACUCCAGCAAGCCAUCCGCCUGGGCGACCCCCAGGUCAUCCAAGUAGUGUGCGCCACCCAGUGGAACACCUGUCUCCCUCUGCUGCAGCACAACCUGCGGCACCACCUGCGGAAGCCGCUGACCAACAUUGCGGAGAUCCUGGAAAAGGUGGACAGCCUCGUGGUGACACUUCGCUGCCAUGUACACAUGGAGGUGGCGCGCAUCGAGGAGGAUGAGGACCGGCUGGAGCCCGCCAUGGCACACCUGCGGAAGGCCCUGCUCCUGGACAGCCUGGGCCACCACCAGGAUGAGCUCCUCAUGGCUCUCAACCGCCUGCACCUCUGCACCACGCUGUACCAGAUCCCCCAGCGUGCUGAGGACAAGGCCACCAUGGCCAUCGAGCAGGCCAAGAAGGCUAUGCCCAAGGACAGCGUGCGGAAGAAGCGGGCUCUCCUGGUGAAGGCAGGCCUGGCCCUGGCCCCUGACGCCUUCCAGACUGUGCUGGACAGUGAGAACACGACCAAAGUCUCCAUCGGGAAGAACAGGGGCCGAUUCACCUACCUGUUCGCGAAGGCACGGCACCACUCCCUCAGCGUGGACAAGGCCACUGGGCACCUCCGGCGCCUGGGGAGCGAGAGCGCCAAGGAGAGAAUUCAGAUCUGGGCCGAGCUCACCAAGGUGGCCCGGAAGCAAGGCGUGUGGGACGUGUGCCGGGCGGCCAGCCGCUUCUGCCUGCUGUAUGACAGUGCCAAGGCGAAGAAGCCGGCACGGGUGAGGAAAGGGAAGAAGAGGAGGGGCAGAGCCGGCUCCAGGCAGGACUCCGAGGGUGCGUCGGAUGCCCCCCUGCAGAGGCGGGUGUCCCCCAGCCUGCUGCGCGUGUUCGCAGAGGUGGGCUUCAUCAGCGCAGAGGCCACCGUCCACCUGCUGCAGGCAGAAGGCGUGCAGCUGAAUGGCCGCCCCAGGCCCCCUGAGGGCCUGAGCCAGCACCCGAUGGGCUACACGCCCGAGUCCCCCGAGGACAAUGCGGAGUGGAUCGUGUACCAGACCUGGAUAGAGGGCCUGUCGCAGCAGGCCAUGAACAGCUGGCUGCGGUCCGCCGAGAUCGGGCAGGAGAUACAGGAGGCGUGGAUCGUGCAGAACGCCGUGGUCUACGUCCUGAACCACAACCACCACCUCAUCAUGGCCGGGCGGCAGAAGGAGCUUGUGGACGCCCUGUACCACCUCCUGGGCAUCGUCAAGGCCACGGGCCAUGGCGGAGACCCCCUGGUGCUGGUCACGCUCUGCAAUACUCUGGCUCGCGGCUUGAUCAGCAGCUGGAUCCCAGCCCCGACACCAGAAAGGUCCAGACGGCAAGUGCGCAGCAACCCACUGCACGCUCCGCUGGACGGGGAAGCCGCCUCUGAAGUCAGGACUGCGCUGGAGGUCUGCGAGUUUGCCCUGAACCUGGCCAGCGGGUUGGGGCCUGAGGAGGCCGUGCCCCUCUGUGCCUGGCAGCAGCUCGUUGCCACCUGGGUGAAGACCAUGCAGCUGCUGCAGCAGCAGGUCUGGCCACGGCUGGGCGCCGACGAGCAGAGCACCGAGGACAUCAGCUCGGUGACCAGAGUUCUCACGGCUCUGGAGAUGUACUCCUGCAAUGGCCUGGGCCUCAUGGACUUCACGGUGCCCCCCUUGGCCGAGCUGGUGAAGAUGGCCUCCGAGUGCAGCUGGUCAGACCCCCUGGUGGAGCUGCAGACCCUGACACGACUGACUCACUUCACCUACAUGGCCCGGGACCACGAGGCCACCAUGGCAUGCUCAGAGAGGGCCAUCCAGAUGGGCAUCCGGUGGCUGCGGGCCCUCAGUCCGGUGCAGACCCAGCUGCUGGCGGAGAUGCUGAGCACGGCCGCCUGCAUCCAGGGCCGGAGCAUCAUGGAGAACCUCAAGGGGAGGAAGCAGCUGCGCCUGGCGGCCGCCAAGGCCUUCAUCGAGAGUGCCAGGUUUGGGGGCCUCGCGGGCAGCAGCGCCUUGGUGAUGCUGGCCGCGCGGCACUACUGGAACGCCUGGCUCCCGCUGCUGUCCUCCGCUGUCAACAGGAAAAAAUGUAAGAGCGCCACCCAGCGGAUCAUCAGCAUCAUCAACCGGACGGAGGCCAGAAAGCAGGAAAAAGGAAAAACGCUGCUUCUGCACCAGUGGCCUACAGCAGAUUUCCAAAGUGGAGGGACGACUGACGACCAUUUUCUCUCAGGGGCAGAAGAUGACCUGACGCUGCGGGCCGCGCUCUACGGGCUGCUCUUCCACAGCCACGCGGACCGGGAUGACUGGGAGGGCGGCCUCAAGGUGCUGGACGAGGCGGUGCAGGUGCUGCCGCGGACGGCCCACCGCCUCUUGAUUUUCAAACAUGUGGUCAUCGUGAAGGCCAAACUGGGGCAGAACUUUACAAUGGAAAUUCAGAAAUUCAAGGACGAGAGUGAGGACUACCUGGCGCACAUGUGGCACCGCCUGGCCUUGAACUCAAAGAGCAUCCACGGGGAGCUGACCUGCUACCACAACGCCAUCCACGCCUUGCAGAAGCCAGAGAGUGACUGGCAAAAGGUUGACUAUAUCGUGGAAUUCAGCGAGUGGCUGUAUCACAGACAGUUUCCUAUUGAGGACGUGAUUUUCCACCUGAAGUGGGCGAUUGACAUCCUGCUGAGGAUGCAGCCAGACAGUGACACACCCGAGCCUGCAGAUGAGCGCCUAGCCACACAGGCGGCCCUGGGGAGCCCGCGGGCGGGGGCCACGGGGGCCGCAUCCUUGGAGGCGCUGUGGAACGUGCGGCAGCUGGAGCGGCUGGCACGCACCCACACGCUGCUGGCCCUGGUGGCCCCGCACGCGGCCGGCUGCCGGGACUACUGCCUCAUGGCCUACGCGUUCCUCCACCGCAUCUGGCAGGUUUCCUUAUCAACAGCAGGAAAGUCAAUUUCAGAAAGUAAAAUUCUAGCAGCAGCAAGUUCACAUUUGUUGUUGCCUAAAAAAGAGAAGGAGAAGAGCAAAGACAAAGACAAGGAGAAGGACAAGGACAGGGGCAGAGACCCGAAGCAGAGACCCGGGCGGGCGCGGGGCCCAGGCAGCCCUGAAGGCUCCCAGCCCCGGCACCCGGCACCCUCUCCCUGUCAACCCCCCACUCCUCGCAGACGGCUUGAGGAUUUACCAGCAAGCGUGGACGAGUGGGCUUCCUACUCCUGCCCUGAGGAAGUGAUAUCUGUGUUCAGACAGGACCAGAGCAACUUUACUGUUAACUCUUCAAGCAUCCAGAAGCCAACGCACAGUUUGUAUUAUCUGGAUCACCUGGUGGAGGCCCUGAAGACGCUGUUCCUCCACGAGCUCACGGUCCCCGUCCUGCAGCUGGGCGCACUGAUUGCAGCCUCCGUGGUGGGAAGCAAAGGCCUGGAAGACCUCUACCACCUGCGACUGGCCCUGGUCUGUUCCGAGUUGAAGCUGAGGGACGCGGCGGCGUUCCACGAAGACCUGGCCGGGCAGACGCACGUGGAGGAUGUGGAGCAGGCGAGCUGCAGAAAAGAAAUUGCCUUGAGAAAGGAGAAAAAUAAGGAACCACUGUUGGAAGAAAGUCUGCCGACACUGACCGAGCGCUCCCCGGCAGCCCAGCAGACAGAGACGAAGCCCCUUGUGGCGAGGGAUCAGAUUUUGCAGGUAAACAGAGAGACCGGGAGGGGCCUGGAAGGAACAUCCUUCCCUCUGUUGUGGACCCUCAAGGCAGAGGUUCUGCUUGCGAUGGACCUGUACCAGCCUGCGAGGCUGCUCUUGUCAGAGGCGCACCUGGCCUUCCAGGAGCUUGACGAUCCGUGUGCAGAAUCGAAGUGCUUGCACCUUUUAGCCCAGUUGGCAAAUAAGGAGAAGAACUACGGACUAGCCCAGAAGAUGAUUGAGAGGGCCCAGCGCCUGGGGGGUGGCGAACAGUUCUGGUACAGCUCCACCCUGACUCUGGUGGACGCGCUGCUGGCCACGGAGGACGACAGGAGGGACGCACUGGGCUGCCAAGUGCUGCAGAAGCUCGUGGACACCUUCAACGUUCUCAAGAGAGAAAGACCCAACCGAGUGCCCGUCCUGGAAUUCAUGACCACAGAUCUAGAAGCCAGGUGUGUGCGCCUCCAGAUCCAGGCCUCCCAGGAGCCGGCUGAGGGCGAGUCCCCCGUGUGCUCGUCUCUGCUGAUGGAAAUGGACGACCACUUGCUGGGAAUCGAGGAGAAGUUUAUCAGCUGCGGCUGCCAGGAGAAGUGUGUGGAGAUAAAGCUGGAGCGGGCCAAACUCAAGAGGUUGCGUGCCCGGGGCGAGAAGGAUGCGGAGCGGAAGACUGCGUGCCUCCUGGAAGCCUACGACCUGGUCCAGAGCGCCGCAGCGGACGAGGAGGCGGUAUUUCACGGGGUUCGGGGCCUGCUGUCCUCCACGCAGGGUAGCGUCAGCUCGCCUCUGAUGAGGAGGCUGGCCCACCUCAAGCUCAGCCUGGCGGAGCUCUGUCUGGACACCCUCCAGCUGACAGGGGAGGAGACCCUGGAGCGGCAGCUGGAGCAGGGCUCCAAGGACAAGCUGCUGGCCGACUACCUGCAGAGCCUGCUUGACUGCACGCCCAUUGGCCUGAGAUGGUGCGCCCUGAAACGGACGCUGGCCCACACGGUGCUGGCCCAGCUGGGGAGCCUGCAGCCGCUGUGCACCGGCUGUGUGGAGCUCCGCGCCCGGCUCCUGGGCCUGGCCGGGAAGGCGCUGCACCUGCUGGCCGUGCGCGUGGACCCCCUGCGCCCCGCCGUCUACUGGGAGGAGAGCCUCUUGCCGGGCACUGAGCUGAACAACCUCAAGUGUCCAGAGACAGUCCAGGAGGACAGGGACCGCAAGGGGCCCUACAGCGACCUGCCGGCCUUCAGGGCAGCCCCUGAGGAGCACAGCGGGAAAGGGUCGGAGCUGAAGAGGAGGCUGGCGCGGGCCCGGAGGUACCUGGCCCAGGCGUCCGAGGUGCUGCUGCAGUGUCUGCAGGUGGCCCUGGGCAGCGGCCUCUUGGACGUCGCUGGCGCCGCCAGCCUGGAGAUGGUGGAGUGCUUCGGCUGCCUGGACCCCGCGGCCGCCUGCCAGUUCCUGGCGCUGUCGCAGAGCUGCUCAGCCUCGGAGAUGAUGCGGGACAUCCUGCUCACGGCCACCGCCAACACCAGCAGCUCGCAGCUGGCGGCCCUGCUGCAGCUCCAGCACAGGCUGAGGCUCCAGGAGAGGACGUCCACCAGCCUCUUUGCCAGCGUGGAGCAGAGACUGGCUGUCAUAUCCAAGGCUUGGCAAAAUCUCAGGGUCACUGAACAGCACUUUAACCACUUGAAUGAAGUUCCUCCCACUUUCCGGAUCCUCUUUCUGCACCAUUCGCGGGACAGGACCCGUCUGUACGGCGCUGCCUACGAGAAGCCCCGGCUCACCCCUGCAGCCAAAGGCAAAAUGCUGCAGGUUGGGGGACGGCCUGCAAGGCCGUGUGUGGAGACAGCAGCGGUGUCUGCCUCCUCAGGCUCCUGCAAGGUGGCGCGGACAGCUGUGAGCCCGGCCGCCCUCUCCUGCCUGCUGGCCAGCGCCCAGCAGUUCCGAGAGCAGACCCAGGCUGAGGCGUCCAGUGAGGACGUGGCCCUGAGCUCAGGCUUGGACCCAGAAAGCGUGCACCUUGAGAAGGAAGGACGCUCACUGCAGAGAUUCGCCGAGGUCGUGAAGGCCAUGGAGGAGUACCUGAAGCCGCUGCUCCCACUGCUCAGCUGCCCCCCAGAAGCCCGAGCACACAUCCCCGCAGCUGUGGCAGAUCCAGGAAAACCCAAGGGCAAAGACAAGGAGAGGAAGGCGUCCCUGCCCCAGGCGCAGCCCGAGGUCGUGGACAGCAUCGUGCUGGCCGUGGACCGGCCCCUCCUGGAGCUGCCGCUAGAAGGGCUCCCCGUGUUCGGUGAAGGGAUGAUCUCCUCCGUGUCUCGAGAAUUUUCUCUCCAGAUGCUGUGGACGCGGCUCCGCACGGAGGAGACAGAGGGGAACACGAAAAAAGAGGCCAGAGGCAAAGACCACAAGAAGAGAGGCCCGGCAAAGAAGGGCCCGAAGGGCAGCGUGCCCCGGAUCAUCCCCACAGACUGCAUCACCAUCGACUCGGACAACUUCAGAUUCAUGGUGGACCCCUACGAGGAGGCCCAGGGCACAGAAAUGCUGACUCCUGUCUCCGUAACCCGGGAGAUUUUGGAAAGAUUCCGUGAUACCUUCACUGCGAGAUGGGCGGGCCAUCUGGGAAAGAAGAACUUCCCAAGCCAGGCCGAGUGGGAGCAGCUCCUGGGCAGCUGCCAAGGCUUCUUCUUCUACGGGAUGGAGACCUUCCUGUCCCACGUGAUGGUGGAGAGGCUGGCCGCCAUGAAUUUGCAAGACUGCCAGAUGAUGGUCCUGCUGGACCUGACGCGGUCCCACACGAGCAUGCGGCGGCGCCUGGAGUCCUCGGAGAACAGGAGUGCACUCCAGCUGUCCCUGGAGGAGCCCGUCCAGACUGCCAUCCUUCUGAGUCUAGUGGGGGUCCGCAGCAUCGUGGCGAACCAGUGGCCGACGGUCCUGCAGGACAAUGCGAUGCGGGCCAGCGUCCUGUGGGAGAAUCUGCUGGCAGUUGGCAAGUCCAUCGGGAGAACGACCCACCUCCUUCAGAAGAUGGGAGCCGGUGAAGCGGCUGACCGUGACGAGCCUCUACAGACCUGGAAGGACAAGCUGGCACUGCUCCGGCCACAGCUGCAGGGCGCAGAGCGGCUCCCCAUCGCCCUCAACAUGGUCCUCUAUGGGCUGCCGCACCAGGCCAUCGUGUGACGGGGCCGCCUUCUCCCCCAGCCCCUCCCCGCAGGCUCAGCAUUUCCCUCCUGGACCAGUGCUUCCCCUUUCUGGGGUCUCCCCAGUGGAGCCCCUCCUUCAGUGACCUCCCACCAGGCUGUCAGGCAGGGACUCCACCCCUCCUUCUGCACAGCACGGCACCUGCGAGUCUCCACCCUGAAGCCAGGGGGCCCAGGGAAGGGGCUGGGUGGUGUGGGCGAGGGGGAGGAGUGUGUCCCGCUGACCCUAGAGCUGCCUGGACCUUCAGGCCUUCGGCUGCUCCAGGCUCUCCCUGUGCGGGUGCUGGGCGGAGGACCCGCCUCCCGCAGGCCGCAGCAGGACGAGGCUGGUUGUUGCCCCCCCCCCCCAGCCUUGCGCACCCUGGCUCUGAGU